CUUGAUUUCAAAAGUCACACGUCAUUCCGCGUCAAUCCAUGAGCAACUGGAAAAGCAAUCUUAACAUAACUAAAUUGUAACCAUGACAUAAAUAGCUAUAGAUAUCACAAGAACCAUGUGAUUACCUAAAGCAGUAAAACUCUCAGGAUAGCUAGCUCAAAAUGAUUAAACCGAAGUACGAUCCGCCGACGCCGACGUUCCCGUACAAGAUCCGUAAACGGUACAACAAGCUGAGUGUACCGAGGAAGUACUUCACAGACACGGGGCAGGGAAUGCCGGCAUACACGCCGCGAGGCAUCAGGAAGUCCGCACUAAACGCACAUAUAACUGACAGGGUACAUGACGCCGCUUGGCCGUACUUACGACGCAUGCUUCUAACAAAGCGUGCGUACAAGAACCGUUUCAGCUCGGAACGUUUGGAGCGCUUGGAUCGUAUGAUAGAGGCUGCGAAUGCGACUUGCUAUUCGAAACUCGCGAAUUGUGUUAUCGAUCUGAAGAAACAGGACACCAAAGACGUUAAGAAGAAAAAAGGUUGGACUGAAAGUGAAUGGAAGAAGCAUAUGGAUUACAUCGGACAGAUCUCCGGACCAAAGAGGGACUUCAGACCGCCGCCAAUACCGCGAGGACCGUUCAAGCCGCUAGAGGCGCUGUUGCCGCGAAUCAAACUGAUAAGUUCGUUGCCCAGGUUCAAGUUGUACAGGAGAUUGUCGCAAGAUUCCAACUACCGGGACCCUGUUAAGGUGCCGCCGGGCGCUCUCAAAUACGUGCUAACGGACCGAACUAAGAAGCUAGCUACCCCGAGAGUUAUACCGCAAUUAUAAGUAGAUUUACGUCAAAAGUCAUUCUAAUCAAAUACAUUACUAUAAAAAGGUGGAAUUACUG